AUGGGGAGGUCCAUCACGGAAGUUUACCAGACGGAGGUGCAAGUUUCCCCGUGCAAGCACAUUCAGGCCAGAAAGCAUCACUUUCCUCCCCCCCCCCCACCCUCCCGGACAAGGGCCAUCCCCCAGACUGUGCUCACAAAGCUGGGCACCCAAGGCGAACGCCCAACCACACCCAGCAUCAGCACGCAGCACAGCAACAUGGACCUUUAUGAACGUCCGGACCAGGGCAUGUCAGGCACCGCGCUGCCGAGCUUGUACCAGUACAUUGGUCAGGACACCGAUGAGAUCAGCUUCGAAGUCAAUGACGUCUUUGAACCUGCUCAAAGAAGGUAA